AUGCGUGCAUCUCACAUUUUAUUGCUGAUUGUUGCUAUCAAGGCAGUCAAGUUUUUAGACGAACCAGCUGUAUUGUUGGAGGAUGAGGAAAAGCCCUACAUGUAAAUCACAGUCUUCGCCCAAUAAUCUUCAUUGUUUACAGAGGAGGAACUAGCUAAAAAUUCAGAACCUGCCAAACAAUAUGAAUCUGGAUUCAAUUAUGAAGAUGAAAACUAAUCAUCCUUAACUAGUGCUGAUCAAUCCUAAGUCUUUUUGGCUGCUUAAUAUGAAAAAGAUUUACCUGCCACUGGAGAUUGUGUUGUACUUUACUCUGCAUGCGAUUUCAAAGGCACAUCAGGAAAAGUAUGCAAGGCUGAGGAUGCCAUGAACUUCCAAAUCCCAGUCUUCUCCAUUUAUGUUCCAAUUGGAUAACAAUUCACUACCUUAGACUCUACUAGAGAUGAAUAAGUAGCUUUCUUGACAAGUGAAAAGUGUUUAACAGAACCACUUGUUAUGGCUGACACAUAAAAAGAUGUAUUCAUUGCAAAACCAUCAUAAUCAUUGGCUGGAUCCGAUAAUGCAUCAAGUGAUGAGACAACUGCCACAUAACCAUAAAUGGCCGAAGAAGUUUAAGAAUAAAUUGAAGUACCAUAAGUCUAAAAAGAAUAAUAAGUGAAUGUUGACUAAGUCUAAUAAGAAUAAUAAGUAUAAUCAACUGAGUAAGUAUAAGAAUAAGUUUAAGAAUAAUAAUAAUAAGUAGAAGUUGAUGCUUAAUAAUAAGAAUAAUAAUAAUCAUAAGAAUAAUAAUCUGAAACUCCUGAAAUUCAAUAAACAGAAACAUAAAGUUCAGAAUCACAAGCCUCUGUCGAUGAUGUGCCUUAGGCUGCUGAAGCACUAGUUGGACAAACUUAAUGAGACAUUAUUAAAACAACAAAUAUAAAUUUAAUAUAUAAUAAUU